AUGGGAUCCAGAGAAGUUGUCACUUUUCAAUUUGGAAAUUACUCAAACUUUGUUGGAACCCAUUGGUGGAAUAUCCAGGAAUCAUAUUUUCAAUAUGAUGAAAGGAACCCAUCAGAUAUUAAUCAUGAUGUUCUUUUUCGAGAAGGAAAGACCAGUAGGGGACAGGCAACAUUUACUCCGAGACUUAUUUUGGUUGAUAAAGCUGAAAAUAUGAUUAAUAUUCCAAUUUUAAGUGAAGCACCAGAGGAAUCUACAAGUGCAGUUUCUAAUGAUGACCAAACAAUUGCAAUUCAGGAUCAGAAUUUACCUGAGAAACAUGAAUUUAUUAAGGAUUUGGAAAGAAUUGAAAAAGGACAACAAGUUGAAAUAAAUAGUAAAGAUUAUAACUUUGGUGAAACAGUUAGAACUUGGUGUGAUUUUUUAAAAACCAAAUACCACCCCAAAUCAGUAUGUAGUAUCCCAAGUUAUUUUGAAAUGGAUGUUUUUCAUUCUGGUGUAGACAUUUAUGGGGUUUUGGAAGAAGAUUUAAUUGAAAAAAUUCGUAGUUAUAUGGAAGAGUGUGACAAUUCUCAAGGUUUUCAAGUUGUUGUAGAUGCAACAGAUGGUUUUGGAGCUUUGGCUGACAGGACUUUAACUCAUAUUGAAGAUGAAUAUCCAUCUAAAAGUGUUCUUACCAUUCCCGUUAUACCCAACCAUUUUGAAAAUUCUUUACCCAUAGACAAUAUUAAACGUACCAUAAAUAUUAUGCUUACCUAUCAAAAAUUAAGUGAGAAUUCAAGUCUUGUUGUUCCUAUAGGAACCAAUAGUAGUGCGUGGAAAACUUUAGGACCUCCUAUCGAUUAUCCAAAUAUUUUAUACAAUCCUGUUAAUCGUUAUCAAACAUCUGGAAUUUUAGCAUCCUUUUUAGACACUGCAACAUUGAAAUAUCGCUUAAGAGAUGAUUACAAUUACAUGCAUGAUUUAGUGUAUGGUUUAAACUAUUAUAACAAAAAAAUUUGUGCUGCCAGUAUGAGUCUACCAUUUCCCAUAGGUCCUGAUUCUUAUUUAUUAGAUACCUUAGAAAAUUUAGAUGACGCAAUGCCACUUUGGAGUCAAAUGACUCCCGGCUGUGAAAUUAGCGAUAAUACAAUUUUGUAUCAAAGAAUAAGUGUAAGAGGUAUACCAGUUUCGAGGCUUCGAAAUCCUAAAAUUAAUAAAGAAAACAGUAGAGCUUAUUCUUGCUCCACCAUCGAAGAACUUAUUCAUUUAUAUCUUUCGUUUAGAUUGACAACCAUAUCCGAUGUAACGUCUGCUAACGUUCCUUUAAAAACCGCAGUGCCUUUUCCCAAAAUAUUUUCUCCUCAUGUUUCUCCUUUGGGAGCGGUCGACGAAAAUUCAACCAGAAUUGAAAAUAACGAAGUAAAUUCAUGUCCCGUAAUAACGGGUAUUCAUUGUUGUAAAGGAAUCGGUCGUAUGUUGGAUUCCCUUCAUAAAUGCGUCAAAGCCGUUAAUAUAAAACGUUUUCAUCAUUUUUUGGGAUCCCACAUGGAUUUAGAUGAAUUCAAUGAAAUUCUUGAAAAAGUUCUUGCGAUGGGAUACGGUUAUGCAAGUGAUGUCGAACUUCGGUAG